AGAUCAAUGAUCAGAAGAAGUGCCACAAACGAUUUAGCAAUCCCCAAAAAUGAUUCUGAAAGCAAUACGUUUUCAAAAUGGCCAUUUGCCGAAAAAUCGUUUACUAAAAAACCUCCUACUUUAAGUACUAGAAAACAGACUGAAUAUUCAAACAUCCCUAACUCAUUGGACAAAUUAGAUUCAUCUUUAUUCAAGAAUAAAUAUUCUUUAGUGGGAGACCCUGAAACAGUGGCUCACAAUUCAAUUGAACCAUUGUUAGAGGACAAAGUUACCAGAGAUUUACUAGUAAACAUACGUUUUGAUCCAAGAAAAAUGGAAACAAGUCUGACAUCUGGUGCAACGUUUUGUAAAUCUUUGUCAUUCAGAUCUGCUGCAGAAUUAAAAGCUUCAACAACUGUGGGGCUUAAUUCACAAAAUAGCCACAGAAGUACCGAUAUUUUUGAACAAAAGAACGUUAACACUUUGAGAGAAGUUUACGGAAACACUUUAAAUAGACCAUCUCAGGAAACCAACAACGUUAAACCAUUUGACGAUUUCCUGGCCAAAUCCAAUAUGAACUUUCAAGGCAACAGGAAAGGAUCAUAUUUUUGGAGCACAUUAAGUUAUGAUAGUAAAAAAGACGAACAUUCAAACAAGCUUGGUUAUCCACAUAUAGAAAAGAAAAAUUCGACAUACGAUAUAGCUAAUAAGGAGAAUUUACCAUUUCGAAAAGAACGUUUUUUUAAGAGAAUAUUUAACACCUGCUUAAAUAGUACCGAAAGUAAGGACAUCACAAACACAUUAAAUAUGGAUGCACAAGAUAGAGUGAGAUUAAUACAUAAUGCGAAUAAUGUAAGGGAUACUAAUUGUUUCGGAACAACAAAUUUGAUAUCAGAGGUACUAGAAGAAUCUCCAGUCAAAGAAAAUAAUGACUUAGUUGCUGGAAAGCCAUCAACGACAUGUAAUUGCCAAAGCGCAAUUUGCUGUAAAGAUGAUAUUCAAUCUACUUCCCAGAUUAUGUCACGAUCUCAAACAAACAUGGAAGUAAUUCCUCCUUCCACCCAUUCAACUUCCUAUUUAUCAAAUUCCAAUGCGAUAGUAACUAAUACUCGAGGCAAUCUUAACAAUCCAAGUUCUCUGGAUAAUGAAACGCUAACGACUCUAAAUAGAAUUUACGAAAGUAAUAAAUGGAAAGUUAACUCAGGUGCAGUCACCACAACACAUAUUUCGGAUAAUAUGCGGAUUCCAAAUUUAAUUUCUAAAAAUGCUAGUAAACCACUCAGAAAGCUAGACGAAAUUGAAUCUGACAACGAGAAAAAUGUCAACGUUGCAGAACGAUUAUUUUGCAAUGAAGCACCUUUCCAAUGCACCGAUGAAACCGCAAAAUCGCUUGUUAGGUCACCAAAUUCUCGGUAUCUAUAUAGCUACCAAAAUAAACCCAAUGACCGGCUUAAAGAAAACGAUACAUCUAAAAAUAAUAAAAACGAGACGUUCUGCUCACAAGAGUUUAGAUGUGACUCAUAUGAGUUUCCUACUCAGCAGACUUUGACCCAAACCCACCAAACAUAUGCAGAAAAUAAUGGUAUUUUUUGUUCGCGAAAUGACUGCUUCACUCAACCGCAAAGUAUCUUACGCAACUCUCAAGAAAAUCGAGUUACUUGCAAAAAUUCCGAAACAAGUCGAACAGUUAAUUGGUCACCAACUUCCAUUUUAUAUGAAGAUAACUUAUUGAAACAGCUUCUAGACGAAAAACCAGAUAUUAUUAAAUCUUAUAACAAGCGGAAAUCCGAGGACAAACAGUUAGAAAAUCAGGAUGGAAUAAUGGCAAAAACUUAUAUUAAAAAAUAUCGAAAAAACAAUAUUCGCAUUUAUAAAAUUAAACGACGUUUUCGUACUUCUGUUGAAGAAACGUAUGUACCAAAAGAACACAAACUUAUUAACAAGUUUCUAAAUCAAGCCGAAGGUGAUUCCGGGAAUGAACUUUUAAAUGAAAAUGAGGAUAGCGAAAGUAUUACAACCUCAUCGUCAUAUUUAACAGAUGAAACUACUCCUGACGAUUUGAGUUCUGAUACGAAAAAUCGAACAGAAUAUCAGACGUUUUUGGGAAACAGUAUUAAUAGAAUUUUGAAAGACAAGUCUCUAAUUUUCUCAAAGUUUUCCGACACAGUGCCUCUGGAAAUUAAUAGCUCGGAUGUUUUGACUAAGAUAGAAGAAAUCAUGGUACAGCUUUUGUCGGAUUAUGAGUGUGGCAAAAGUAUUUCUUUAAACAUUCCAUCGAUAGCGAACUGCGUGUUUAGAGAUGACAGAUAUCAGUUGGUAGACUUAACACGUCGCCAUUAUGUACUACGGCGGCAUACUCCAAGUAACAGGCUGCGUUUCAAUUUAAUAUUAUUUAUUUUAAAUAAAAUACGGAUUUUACUGCAUACAAACUCAAAAUUGACGAAAAGAGAAAUUUAUUAUCAAUUGAAGACGGACGUUUGUACACAAAGGCACACUGAUAGCGCCAUCCGAAUCAUAAGCAGAAUGCUGAACGUCGGCAUGUGGGCCUUGAAUAUAACUGCCCAAAAAGGCUUAGUUUAUGGCAACAUGAAAUUGGUAAUGGAUACAGGAGAAACCAUAAAUUGUAAUGUUGCAGGAACGUUGGUGCCUAACGAUGUAAUGAAUAUUUGUGAAAUUCAGUCGCAAGCCUUUUUCAUUUUAGUGGUCGAGAAGGAAUCUAUUUUUAACAAAUUACUCGAAGAAGAUUUACCAAAUAAGUUAACCAAACCUUUUAUAUUAAUAACUGGUAAAGGAUAUCCUGACUUGAAUACCCAACUAUUCUUAAAAAAGUUGUGGAUGGUAAUGGAGAUUCCAGUUUUCAUCUUUGUAGACGCAGAUCCUGAUGGUAUUUCUAUUAUGCUAACGUAUCGAUUUGGAUCGAAGACGAAUGUUCACCUUUCUGAGUAUCUAGCAAUUCCAAAAGCUAAGUGGAUUGGAGUCUUUCCUACAGAAAUCUUAAAUGUGGGUGCAAAUUAUGAAAUAUUGAACAACAGGGAAGAAAGAAAAGCUACAAGCUUACUUCAACUGCAGUGUGUUCAAGAAAAUCCAAAAAUCCAAAAGCAGAUACAAACAUGUUUGGAUACUGGCGUCAAGGCAAGCAUAGAAGCUUUGAUUAAAUCAGAAUCGUACCUGAGUAACCAGUAUCUUCCUUCAAAGUUUUUGCAAAAUGAUUUAAUUUAACUUAUACUAAAUAACUUGCAAGGAAUAUUUAUUACAUUAAUUUGAAGAA